AUGGCAGCUCCUCGGGCGUCCUCUUUCAAAGCCCUGCGCAACCUGCAACGCGCGUCUGGGUCGACUCCGGCCAAACGCAGCCUCCACAUCACCGGAGUGCAUGCCUCUCCACGACCCAUCGACCCAACUCACAAGACAACUUAUAUGCCAUGGAAUCUGCAAGAUCUUCGUCAGGAGUGCCAGAAGCGAACUCUGUCCGCUUCGGGCACGAAACACGAGUUGAUUGACCGACUCGCGGGUCAUGACAGUUUGCAGGCAAGAGCUUUCUCGAUUGCCAUAAAGCGCAUUGCCCAGGAGCAGACCAAGAAGCCCAUCUCAGGUCCGUCUGAAACAGCUCCUCAGCGCCAUUUCAAUACCUCGCGAGAGUUGAAAGCCGUCAGCGAUUCCUCGACCAUCGACUUUGCUUACCUUCCCCGGCUGUACGAAGAGGCGGUGGGCCCCGCACCUGCGGCCAUUCGAGUUCCCAUUCUGCCCGACAUCACUUCUGGGAGUGCUGAAGCAGUGUUGAACAAGUACCCUGAACUAGAUGCAGCAGCGGGUGGCUAUCAAGAGACCCGAGGCCAUGAGACUGUCCUCAAGCCGCAGAUCUCACUGGUCGACGAUGCGUUAGGGAAUCCAGCAAGUGCCUUGAGCGAUGUGCAUGAUGGCAAUCACGAAACGGAGAUGUCAGUCGAGCAGCUCACUGCACUGGCUGACACGGUGGGCAAAAGUGCCCGGCAAUUCGUGGAGGUGGUUAAGGAUAAAGACAACGCGACCAUCCGCAACAUCUGGACUGGGUUCCUUGACGACCUGUGUGGCGGGCCACAGAAAGGUGCCAAAGUGUGA